CCGUUCAUAAGUUUGGAUUCUUCUCCCUUCAACUAGUCCAACGAAACUUCAUCUCUUGAAUACGACGUCGUUUGUUCCGGCUCUUGUCCCUCCCCUUGUACGCACCACCAGCGUCUCCGCCCACAGGAACAAACACACAAGGCAAAGCUUUGAGGGUGGUUUUGGGGUUGGGCGGCGAUGGAUAGGGUGUUCCAGAGGCUUCGGAAUCUCGACGCUUACCCUAAAAUCAAUGAGGAUUUCUACAGCCGCACCUUCUCCGGUGGCCUUAUCACGCUAAUCUCCUCCAUCGUUAUGCUCUUCCUCUUCUUCUCUGAGCUCAGACUAUACCUCCACACAGUUACAGAAACAAAACUUGUGGUCGAUACUUCAAGAGGAGGAACACUUCGCAUCAAUUUUGAUGUGACUUUUCCUGCCGUUCCUUGUUCGGUACUCACUCUUGAUGCCAUGGAUAUUAGUGGAGAACAGCAUCAUGAUAUAAAACAUGAUAUUGUGAAGAAAAGAAUUGAUGCCCAUGGUAAUGUGGUAGCAGUUAGGCAAGAUGGAAUUGGUGGCCCUCAGAUUGAAAAGCCGUUACAAAGACAUGGUGGCAGGCUUGAACACAAUGAAAAAUAUUGUGGUUCAUGCUAUGGAGCAGAAGUGACGGAUGAUGAUUGUUGUAAUUCAUGUGAUGAAGUUCGUGAAGCAUAUAGAAAGAAAGGUUGGGGGAUGACAAAUCCAGAUUUGAUUGAUCAGUGCAAAAGAGAAGGCUUUGUCCAAAAGGUUAAAGAGGAAGAAGGUGAAGGAUGCAAUGUCUAUGGCUUUUUAGAAGUUAAUAAAGUUGCAGGAAACUUUCAUUUUUCACCUGGGAAAGGCUUUUACCAGUCAAAUAUUCAUGUGAAUGAUUUGCUGGCUAUUUCGAAGGAUGGUUAUAAUAUAAGUCACAGGAUCAAUAAAUUAGCUUUUGGAGACCAUUUCCCUGGUGUUGUAAAUCCCCUUGAUGGGGCACAAUGGUUUCAAGAUGCACCUGAUGGAAUGUACCAGUAUUUCAUCAAGGUGGUUCCUACUAUCUACACCGACAUUAGAGGGCACACUAUUCAGUCAAAUCAGUUCUCUGUCACAGAGCAUUUUAGGAGUGCAGAACCUGGUCGCCCACACUCUCUUCCUGGAGUGUACUUCUUUUAUGACCUUUCUCCAAUUAAGGUUACUUCCAAAGAGGAACACUCGUCAUUCCUACACUUCAUGACAAAUAUUUGUGCCAUAGUUGGAGGUAUUUUCACAGUUUCAGGUAUAAUAGACUCAUUCGUGUACCAUGGUCAUAGGGCAAUCAAGAAGAAGAUGGAACUUGGGAAAUUCAGCUGAUUAUUUGCCAAUUGUGGUCAUUUUCAGUCAUUUUCAGUAUCUCGGUUGUCUCUCCUGUUGAAAUCGAUUGGAAUUUCUCUGAUGAGGGCCAGGUGCUUCUCUCUAGCCACAAACUAGGUUUAUGUGAGGAAAAAGCUGGACUAAUUGUCGGGUUCUUUCUUUUGUUUUCAUUUUGCCUUGCCCUCCCUAGACCUCCACACACAACCCCCUUCUGCCCCUUUUUAUUUUUGGGUUUCCCUCAAUUCAGUCUCUGUAAUUUAUUUCUAUUUUGGAUACUUGUUGAAAACGGAAAUUGAUUGAAAUUUAUCUUCGUUUUUAGGUGA